UCGGCAUCCUCUCUUCCCCUCCAGCUUCCACUUUAGCCCAGCUGCAGGCCUUCUAACUCAACUCCCUAGGCCGUGGCCACUUCUUUUUUCUGGCGGCGCCGCACAUCCGGUCACGUGCGAGCCAGGUCACGUGAGAGACGAUCACGUGCCGGGGCCGCGGAGCUCUGGGUUCGGGGCUCCGCUUCCGCAGACCUGCGGGCCUCGGCGGGUGCGGUCGUGGCUGCCCCGGAGCCCGCCGAACUGCACGGCCGGGAUGAUGAACCGGACGACCCCGGACCAGGAGCGGGCGCCGGCGUCCGAGCCCGUGUGGGAGCGACCCUGGUCGGUGGAGGAGAUCCGCAGGAGCAGCCAGAGCUGGUCGCUGGCGGCUGAUGCGGGCCUGCUACAGUUUCUACAGGAAUUCUCACAGCAGACUAUCUCUAGGACCCAUGAAAUCAAGAAACAAGUGGAUGGACUAAUCCGGGAAACUAAAGCCACAGAUUGUCGCCUUCAUAAUGUCUUCAAUGACUUCCUUAUGCUGUCUAAUACCCAGUUCAUUGAGAACCGUGUAUAUGAUGAAGAGGUGGAGGAGCCGGUGCUCAAGGCUGAGACAGAAAAAGCAGAACAGGAGAAGACCCGGGAACAGAAAGAAGUAGAUCUGAUUCCUAAAGUCCAGGAGGCUGUGAACUAUGGUUUACAAGUAUUGGACAGUGCAUUUGAGCAGCUGGAUAUAAAAGCAGGAAACUCAGACUCUGAAGAAGAAGAUGCUAAUGAACGGGUGGAACUGAUUCUUGAACCGAAGGAUCUAUACAUUGAUCGUCCUUUACCUUAUUUAAUUGGGUCAAAGCUCUUCAUGGAGCAGGAAGAUGUAGGUCUCGGAGAGCUGUCUAGUGAAGAGGGGUCAGUGGGCAGUGAUCGUGGCAGUAUUGCAGACAGUGAAGAGAACGAGGAAGAGGAGUCAGAUGAAGAUUUUGCUAAUCAUAGUGACAAUGAUCAAAAUCGGCACACUGCACAAAUGAGUGAUGAAGAAGAGGAUGAUGAUGGCUGUGACAUUUUCGCAGACUCUGAGAAGGAGGAGGAAGAUAUUGAGGACAUUGAAGAAAAUGCUAGACCUAAAAAAAGUAGGCCUACAUCAUUUGCCGAUGAGCUGGCAGCUCGAAUCAGAGGGGAGGCUACAAGCCAGGUGGAAGAGGGGCGAACAGGAGAAGCAAAACCUCAGAAGACAUUGAAGGAGAAGAAGGAAAGGAAAACUCCCUCAGAUGAUGAAGAGGACAAUUUAUUCGGACCCCCCAAGCUGACCGAUGAAGAUUUCUCCCCAUUUGGCUCUCGAGGUGGCCUGUUCAGUGGGGGGAAGGGACUUUUCGAUGAUGAGGAUGAGGAGAGUGACCUCUUCACAGAAGCCCCUCAGGAUCGGGAAGCUCGAACCUCUAUUAAUGCAGUAUCUUCAUCCUCCAAACCUGGAAAGAAAAUCCCAGCGGGAGCUGUUUCUGUAUUUUUAGGGGACACUGAUGUGUUUGGUGCCACCUCUGUCCCAUCACUGAAGGAGCCCCAGAAGCCCAAGGAGCCACAGAAGCCUGAACAGCCCACUCCAGGGAAAAGCCCGUACCCUCCAGCACCUGCUGGCCUCUUUGAUGAUGAGGAUGACGAUGACUUUUUUACGGCAUCCUGCAGCAAACCUUCCAAAACAGACAAAGUCAAAUCCACUGCCAAUAUCUUUGAUGAUGAGGAAGGAGAUCUGUUCCAAGAAAAAGCAGCUGGUUUGCCAGAAGCCACUGUGAAUCAGACGGAUGAAAAUAAAGCAAGGGCAGAGAAAAAGAUUACCCUUCCUUCCAGCAAAAAUCCCAAACUCUUGCAAGAAACAAAAGCUCAGAAAGGUUUAUUUUCAGAUGAAGAGGACUCUGAGGAUUUGUUUUCCUCUCAAAAUGUGAAUAAGUCAAAAGAUGCAUCUCUCCUGCCUAGCAAACUCCCCACAUCGGUCUCACUUUUUGAUGACGAAGAUGAAGAGGAUAAUCUUUUUGGUGCAACAGCUGCUAAGAAGCAGUCAUUAUCUCUUCUAACUCAGAGCCAAGAAAAAGCAAAACCAUCUGAGCCCUCCAGAAAGAAAGCAUCUACCUUGUUCAGCAGUGAUGAGGAGGACCAGUGGAAUAUUACUGAUUCACAGACGAACUCAGCAUCUGAAAAUAGGUCUAAACUUAGGGACUCUGGCGCCACUCAGGAGCAGGAGGCCAAGGCUGUGCAAAAGACCAGUCUCUUUGAGGAGGAUGAUGAAGAUGAUCUGUUUGCUGUUGCUAAAGACAGCCAAAAGAAGACCCAGAGAGUGUCACUCCUCUUUGAAGACGAUGCUGAUAGUGGAAGCUCUCUCUUUGGCUCUCCUCCUGCAUCUAUUCCUCCUACAACAACGAAAAAAGAGCCUGUCCCCGAGGUACCACCUUUGCUGUUCAGCGAUGAAGAAGAGAAGGAGGCACCAUUUGGAGUGAAACCUGUGGAUAAGAACGUUGAGGGCGCCAAAGCACCGUCAGAACUGGGGAGCACUCGUGUGGUUGAGGAGUCAGAAAAGGGAGGACCUUUGACUGUAUCUACUCAGGAAGCAGUCAAGCAUUCUGAUUUAUUUUCUUCAUCAGCCCCUGUGGACAGAGGAACCAAAAGUAGAACCAAAACUGUUCUUAGUUUGUUUGAUGAGGAAGAGGAUAAAACGGAAGAUCAAAACAGCAUCCAAGCUCCAAAGAAAGAAGUAGAAAAGAGCCCUGAUCCUGAUGCCCGCCCAAAGAGCACAGGUGUCUUUCAGGAUGAAGAGCUCCUCUUUAGUCACAAGCUCCAGAAGGACAAUGACCCGGAUGUUGACCUUUUCUCUGGCACCAAGAAAACCAGGUUAUUAGAGCCAAGUGUUGGGAGCCUGUUUGGGGAUGAUGAAGAUGAUGAUCUUUUCAGCCCUGCCAAGUCACAGCCUUUGAUAUCAGAAAAGAAGAGAGUAAUGAAAAAAGACCACUCUGUAUCCUCUUUCAAGAACCAGAAACAUCCUGAAUCCACUCAGGGUAUCAAAGGAAAAAGCACAUUGAAACCGGAAACACCUCAGGACUCACCAGGUCCCGCUCCAUUUAAAACCAAAGAGCCAUCCCCUCGGAUCUGGAAAAUACAAGCCAAUCUAGCGAUUAAUCCAGCAGCCUUGCUGCCUGCAGCGGCUCCCCAGAUCUCUGGAAUAAAGCCUGUUUUGCCAGAAUUGGCUUUUCCUUCAUCUGAACCUGAGAGGAUCCACAGUCUGGAAAGUAUGCCCACUCUUCUCAGUAGUGGGGAGGCCGGCGUGAGUUUCGAUCUUCCAGCUCAGGCAGACACGUUACACAGUGCAAACAAGAGCCGGGUCAAAGUGAGAGGGAAGCGGAGACCGCAGACCCGUGCGGCUCGGAGGUUGGCUGCCCAGGAGUCCAGUGAGGCUGAUGAUGUGAGUGUCUCUAGAAGAUCCAUUGCACACUUGGCAGAUGGAGACAUUUCACCAGGUGAUGAUCCUCAGCCACAGCCCAGGGCAGCUGGUGGACGAGACAGCUCUGAGGAGGUGGUGGUAGCUACCAUUCCAACUUGGGCAGGCGGUCCUGUGUCUGACGUGGACAGAAGCUCCUUUGUGAAAUCUCUGGGUCAGCCUCUUGAGGAUGACCUUUUUGAUUCUGGAGAUAUCUUCUCCAAGGGCACUGGAUCUCAGUCCACGGGGAGAAGAAAAGCCAAGCCAAAGGCAGCAGAGAGCCUGGCCAACCCGCCAGGGGGAAGUAAAGAAAAGAGCCCCAUGUUUCCUGUACUAGGGGAGGCAGGCAGUGAUGAUGAUCUGUUCCAAUCUGUUAAACGAAAACCAGCAAAGAAAACGAAUCCUUUUCCCCUCUUGGAAGAUGAGGAUGAUCUCUUUACAGAUCAGAAAGGCAAGAAGAAUGAGUCAAAAUCCAACAGUCAGCAGGAUGUCAUCUCAAAAGCACAAGAUAUUUUUGAGGAUGAUAUAUUUGCUACAGAAGCAGUCAAACCCUCACAAAAAACGAGAGACAAGGAAAGAACAUUUGAAUCCAACUUGUUUGAUGAUAACAUUGAUAUCUUUGCUGACCUAACUGUAAAACCAAAAGAAAAGUCCAAAAAGAAAGUGGAAGCUAAAUCUAUAUUUGAUGAUGAUAUGGAUGAUAUCUUCUCCUGUGGUAUCCAGGCUAAGACAACCAAACCAAAAAGUCGGUCUUCACAGGCAGCACCUGAACCAAGAUCUGAACAGAAGGUGUCCAACAUAUUUGAUGAUCCCUUGAAUGCCUUUGGAGGCCAGUAGAGCAUACAGGGUAUCAUAUCUCACCCUUCAGCUACAUCCUUGAGUUAAUGAUGCUCUCUUAUGUACUCAUUGUCUUAACUGAAUUAGGAAAAGCAAAUACUGGAACAGCUAGCUCACCUCUUUCCCACCCAACAUACUUAGUAUUUUUCUGCCCUGGUUUUAAUCAUGCUUAAUACUGCAAAACAAAAAUAAAUAUUUCACAGUGUUGUUUUUUUUUUUUUUUAAACUAUAUUUUUAUUUAAUUAGCCUUGAUGGGGCCACAGUAUGAUUUGGGGCAUGUUGGAGAAGAAACCUGUAUGUGCCUUUCAUGGAUGGGCAGGGAAUUCCAGAGGAAGCAAUGCCAGACAGAUGACCAGGAGUAUUCCUUUCAUGGAUAGAAGCCCUAGUUUAGACCCUAGGCAGGUGAUAGAGGAAGAGGAUGUGAGAUUAUAUACUUCAGGACUCUUUGCAGUGGGAGGUUUCCUCUGAUUCCACUGAAUUCUGAAAAUGCCUCUAUAGGUUCAUUAAGGCAAGGUUUGGCAAACUGUGGCCCUCCGUCGUCUGUUUUUGUAAAUAAAGUUUUAUUGGAAUACCCAUU